AAGUAAGAAUUGAUGGAAGCUAUUUAAAAACUCCGCUAACUAAAUUAAAACUUAGUGCUUCUGCUAGAAUUAGUUAUAAGGGCAGACACUAUUAUUUACUCAUUAAAGAAUUACCAGAAAAUAUUCCUUUAUUCUAUCAGGGAGAAAAAGUUGGUCGCUUAAUGUCGCAAGGAAAACAAGUUAUCGGCAGUGGUUCGGCUCAUCCCACGGGAAUUACUUAUAAGUUUAUUGAAAGAGGAGAAACAUUUUUAAAGUUUGAGGAUGAACAACAAUUAGCCAAUUAUUUGUAUGGUUAUGGGAUUGUUUUGAAAAAAUAA